CGGGGCGCGAGCGACCGCCACGCCACGCGAUCAUUUUGCACCGAAAGGCGGGCGGGGUGCACGUCGAACAGAGGCCGUCCGCCCGCGCCACCCACGUACCGCGUUUCUUAUACUACAACCUCGUUAGUCUAAGUGACGUAAAGCCUUCAUAUAGACGCGAACAGUGAAUGAGGACGUACAGUUAUUGAGGACAACGCAAUACUUGCAACGGAUUUUAGUGUACGGACAAAUAAGAUAACCUUGCGAGCUGCAUUUAUUAUUCAGUUGCUGCGCUGAAAUACACAUAGCCAGGAUGGCGCCCUGUACAGAUAACCAUGAGGAUCAAAUCAUUGGACAAUGGUAACAUCGCCGUUUACAACAGGCAAGAAGUAUUGUCUCACAGGAAUCCAGAUAAUAGAAGUUGGUUAACUGCAAAUAACACAGAGCAAAGUCUACGUGAGAAUUCAAGAGACUACUCACAAGUAUUUAAUAGUAAUACAAUAUAUAACUCUAGAAAGAAUUCAGGGACAAUUGAAAAUACGAGUACAGAAAUCGGCGCAGACAGCGAUGCCUCGGCCCUGAGCGCGGAACUGGUAUGCAACAGACAAUAUCGGAUCAACAGCAGGAACGUGAAUAGCUCGGAGUCACGUAAUAGCAACGAGACAGACAAUCUGGAGGCAACCACAGAAACUAUCCGCGCUCCUUGUGAACGUUUUAUAUCUAAUACUAAUGCAUAUGCGGACACAACGCCAAUUGACGAAGAGAGAGCAUUCGAGCAUUCUGACACAGAUGAGAUGUCUGAGAACGGCAUCCAUCCUGUACCGAGGGGAAUCGUGAAUCCAAAUUAUCCUGGCUUCCAACACUUAGCGCACACAUUACAGGACUAUUCUUCAAAUAUUGAAAACUUCUAUCAUUCAGAAAAUGAAAUGACGGAUGACGAUGUGGAUAUUGAAAUAACUGAUCUCGCUUACGAACCUGAACCGAAUCAAAAUGGGACGGAGUAUAAAAACGUAAAUAACAACAAUACUAUCAAAAAUGACUUAAUAAAAACAACUAUUUUGUCGCCACAAAACAAAACAUAUUCACAGAAAAACCUUGUAGAUAGUCAAAUACAAAAUGAAAUACCAGAUUUAUUGAAAACUGUAUCUAAAAACAAUAACAAUAAUGAAGAAAUAUUUAGUUAUGAGUUGAACUGCUCAGAUGCUGAUAUAGAGAAUAACUUUAACGCCAAGGAUAUUAUUGGUGAUUUUAAUAAGGAAAUUGAAGAUGAAAUCAAACAGUUACUCAAUUAUAAUAUCAACAUCCAAGAUGACUUAGAAGAAUUACGCAAAGACAUAAAGGACACUUUUGCGAAACCUAUUGAGAAUACAAUUAAUAACAUAAGUGAUGUCGUUAAUCAUGUCAUAAAGAAAUUAGUGGAAACACAAACCGAAGUAAGUGACGAAAAUGAGGAUGAAGUGAAAGAAAAUUUAAAUCAGCAACAGAAGAUUGACCAAGAAAUAUGUAAAAUAAAUAAAGAAAAUGAGAAAAACACUCGUACAGAAAUGAGUCUAAGCAGGCCUACGUUUUUACUAAUAGAAAAUAAUACAAGUGGCAAGAUAACGGACGCCUUCCUCUCAGACGGAAAGGACGAAAUAAACAUUAAUGAUUAUGACACCGAGAAAUUGAGCCUUAAUGUCGAGAAUACUAUUAAACAACUGAGCACUGAACUUCGAAAAAUAAUUCCAAAAUUAGAUGAAAUGCGAGAACGCGAUAGGAUAUGGGCGGAAAGUAAAAAAGAAACAGUCAUUAUGGAUGGAAAUUCUAAUGAAAUAGCAAAUAGUUCUAAAAGUAACUGCUUAACGAAAAGUGUACAUUCGCCAGAAACGCCUGGUGUUAGUAAACCUAUUAGACAAAAUGAUAAUCAUGUUAGUGUUAGAAAAAAUUCUUUACACUUGAAGAGUGAACCCAAAGCGGCCAGAGACAAACAAAAAGAACUAACAUCAAGUAAAAACUCUUACCGCACCGCUCAAAAUAAAACAUCCGUCCGUAAAAAUGAUAACGCGAAAGAUUUAGAUUUGGGAAGUUUUGACGUUUACAACAUAGAAACAGCGUUACCCAAGCUAGAUUUGGAUGCUAUUGAAAAUCAUUUAAGAGCAGCUAAAGAAGCUGAAAGAAGGAAACGCAAUGACCGAGAAGAAAUUAGAAGACGCCUGGCUAUGGGGGCAGAAACUGAGGAGUACUAUAGCAUGGGGCACACUGACCGGCCCGGGAAGAAACCAAGUCUGCAUUCACGACUACAAAGUGGGAUGAACCUACAAAUAUGUUUCAUGAAUGAGACAGCAUCUGACAAUGAAUCUCAAGCAUCAGAUAUUGAAAAAAAUCAUAAUAAUACAAAAAGUCUGUCACGGUCGAGCAUAUUUAGCAAGUCUAACUACAACCAUCCUUAUCAGACAAGACCUCUGUCGGUUAACAUCACAAAAAAUGACAAAAUUAGUACCGUGCAGAGUGGUGCAAAAUUACGUCCUUCGUCACUGUCAUUAAAGACAACUAAGUCUAGGUCAUCACAUUCACUGGGACACUUUGAAAUAAAAGAGUCUGACUUCUAUGUCCUCCAAGCUACCCUGCAGACUGAAGCCAGGAUUGCACUAGCACAGGCAAAGGAGAUGGCUCGUAUCCAAAUGGAGCGCGAGCGCCGCAGCCGCGCGGUGUCGCCGGUGACGGAGAUGCUGCGGCGCAGCAUGCACAAGGCCAGCGCGCCGCUCGCCGCCGACCGCCGCCGCGUAUCGCGCCAGCUGCUCACCGACAUGAACAUCGCACAGCUACAGGUGAUAGUGAAUGAGUUGCACUCUCAGAUCGAGUAUUUGAACGACACGCUGGUGAAGUUACUGAUGGCACGCGACGAGCUGCAUAUGGGACAAGAUUCCAUGCUUGUGGAUAUCGAAGACCUGACGCGCUAUCUAUAUGCGACUUUUAAUUUGUGUGAUCCAAGCCCUCAAGUAAAUGAACCUCCAGAAAACGAACCAGUUGAAGAGGAAACCACUGAUGGGCGUCAAGGAACAGACUAAGAAAACCAAAGGCACUACUAAAUCAGGUAUGAAGAGGCUCACGUCUUUAGUGCACAAAUAAGUACACAAUAUUUUAACGUUAGGCUUAUUUAUAACUGCGAUCUAUUUAGUAAAUACAAGGGUGGUCACUGUAGGACAACGUGUGUUACAGUGCGUAAGGUAACUAUUACACCUGAUAUGUAUAAUUCGUAAGAAAACGUGACCCAUCAUUCGAUAUGCAUUGUCUUUGUAAAUACACUGCAAAUUUCUUUUGUCUUUCCACUUGUUGGUACACUCAAACAACCAUAAACGGUGAAAGCACAUUGUGUAUCGAAUUGGUUUGUUCUAGAAUGAAAAGACUUUAUGUAACAGCUGAUUGAUUCGUCGAAAUAUGUAGAAUGUCCAAGUUGGAAACAACUCCAUGAGUUUGACUUUUAUUAUAGAAAGUUGUAACUGUAUGUUAUAUCUUCGCACUGUACCAUACCUAAUGCAUAUAAUCUGAAACGUCAUAUAAUUUAUAUGACAGCAAAAUUAGUUAAUGUGUUAAGACGUCGUGGUCGUCCUCGACAAAAUUCAUGGCAGCAAUGUAUUUUAAUGUUACCAAAUUGAUCUGUGGAGAAUUCAUUCGAAUGUAAAUUAUGUGUAACAAGUACGAGAAAAGAGUUCAUAUAUCAAAAUAAAGAAUACCUCUCGGAUUCAAGAUAGCAAUCUCAUGUGUACUCACGUGUACUCCAUGUUUCUGGCUUUCGACCAAGUUAUAAUUGAUUCAUAGAAAGUGAGGCUAUAGUUGAGCAGAAUAUUCAAAAGAAAAAGGCGAGCUGAGAUGAAAAUUAACAUACAAUUACUCACUUGGCCGCCCAAUUGUGUACACUGCAUGGUAUGCUGUAACAGGUGUUAUUGCAUAUUUGUAUAUACGGUUCUCUCGUUAGUGAAGUAACUCCGUCACAGUUCCCAAUGUUUAGAGAUAAUAUAAUAUCGUGUAUAUCGGAUUUACUGUAUAUUAUAUUCAAAUUAUACAUGUCCGCUUUAAAUAGAUACAUAUUAGCCCACCUAAAUAUUAUAUUUUACAAUUAUUCUCAGAUUAGAAAAAAUAUUUUUUCAUAAUAGUGCUCAUUGUUAUCUAUAAAUUGUCUAUGCCUUCGGGGUUUGAGGAGGGGUUGACUUCCCAAACGAAAAAAAAACUUAUGUAUAAUGAACUCAAGAGUAUUGUACGUUAGUGAAAUUAUUUUUAAGUUAGUUAAUUUUAUCAAUGCAUUGAAAGUGUGAAUUUCAGAACGAUUGUACCUCCUUACAUCGAAGGCAUGGAUUACCUUUUAUAUGUAUACUAGUAUACUCACAAUAUAUACAGGUAGGCAUGUAGAGUCGCACAUGCCAUCGACAAUGUCGAGUGAUCUUAUCGGAGGCUUGUAAUUGACGUAGUUUACAUACUAAUAACUAACGGAAUGCAAAUUGAGUACUGUCUGCCUCUACCUUCGCGGUACCUCCACCGGUAACUGACGACCUGGUACUUUGUAUGAUUUCAUAACCUACAAAUAUAUGUAAAAAGCAAAUUCUAUGUAUUUACACACUCGAGGACUUUAUUAAGACUUUAAUAAGUUUAGCUUUCAUGGUUUUUGAAAUAAAUGUUUUUCCUGUUCUAUAAAAUUUCGAUAAGAUUUUAAAAUUUCGACUUUUUGACUGUGUUCAUACGAAAAUCAACUGUAAUUACUCAUCAUAAAGUAUUUAAUAUGUAAAAACUUUGAAACACUAUUGUUAGGUAGUACUUUAUGUCCAUUUGCAUUCCAUAGUAAAUUAUAAAGUUUGUUGACUGGUAUUUGUUAAUAAGAAAUAUCAAUAUUAGUGUUCCAUCUCUCAGCAAAUAGUUAUGAAUCUUUCUUGCCUUAUCCAAAUAAUUUAAUCUCGCUAAGCUCUAAGCAAUAUUUGUCGGUGAUACAUGAACAUAUUAUACUAUCCUACAUAUUACAAUGUUAAUUAGUUAUGUAUUGAAACUAUUGUAGCACUGAGUGUUUCACCAAAUCAGACUUAGGGACCUAUUUGGGCUACCAAGCCAUUAUCUAUAAUCAAAAACGUAUAUAUAUAACCUACUUUAGUCAGGCGAAAAACGCUCCGAAUGUAUCAUCUUUGGCAACUAUACUCGACUGCCUGCAGCUAUUUUUCUCAUAUUAUUAAAAUACCACAUAAACAUAUUUAUGUUGCGGUCUAACGGAAAUGCUCAGUACUACGAUACUUUACAAAUAGGUACUGAGUUGAGAAACACCAAUUUUAUCCGUUUUAGGCAACUAAAUUUAAAAAUAUUGUAACGUCGUUGUUUAGCUCAUCAUUCAGAUUCCGCGGGUCACAGACUUUUUAUAGAUCGAUAGUAUGGGGAUAUAGGCUAUCUUUAUAGCUUCUUUAUCGUAUGAUUAAUGAACAUCCUGGUAUCAGAAUUUAAACACACCAUUGAACAUUUCUCGCCGAUUUCCUAACGAUAAUUCCAUUCGCCGUUUUUGGCUAGUGAUAAUUACUUAUGUAAUUAGAAUAUCAAGUAUGCGUACCAAGAACUAAUAAGAAAAGUGUUAUCAUUAAUAUCAAUAACUAUUGACUAUAUAAAUGUCUGUAGCCCGCUGGUCUAUUAGACUUUUUUAACCUGUAUUCUAUUAUUACUUGGAUCUCAAGUGUUAUUCCUACUAUUGUGUACCUAUUGAUAUUAAGUAUCUUUCUUACUUUUUUAUGUUAGUUUAAUACUAUAUGUUACUUAGACAUGACACACUUUUGAGAUUGUAUUAAUCUACGGUUUUAAUUUCUUAAAAGUGCCGUGUCUAUUAGUUUCGCUGUGCUAGAUUUAGUUACCAUUAUUGUUAGCUUUAUAUACCUUUGUGCUUAUGUAUAAGAUAUUUUUAUGUGUAUGGGGGCUAGGACACAUGUGACACAUUGUUACCUAACAAUAGUUCCAUCGACAAAGUGAACACAAGAAGUAUGGUAUACAAAAUCGACCAUGAAGGUUAGUGCAUGAUGGAUAGACAACGUUCUAGGGAUUGUACUAUGACACUUUAUAGAUUAUUCACAAUACUUUUACACCUGUUUACCAGCCUAGAUCGUUAUUUAUUUGCACUACAAUCCUGUAUCUAAAUAAGGCCGUCUUCCUAUAUGAUUUUUAACAUUUGUGUUGCACGAUGUGUCAAGCCUCCAACAUAACAUUAACUAUGUACCUUUCUCUCUACAUUCUUUAACUGUAAACAGCAUACUAAGUGCAUUUAUUAUUAAAUGUUCAAUAGACAGUACAGGGCCUGAGCAGACUGGUCGAAAGGUACCAUAAAAAACUGAUUGAAUACUCGUUCCAUUUCAGUUCAAUUUGUUUUUCUUAUUUUGUUAUAGCAUAUGACGGUACAAACAUAUAGGUACAAAACAAAUUAUUGGUUAACCAUUUAGUCGAUAAAAAUCUGUAUAAUUAAUGUCUGCUAACCUCUUGUCGUUUUGUGUACCUUUCAACCUCUUUACUCGGUCUCCUUUAAUCCGAAUGAUUCAGCUGUAUUUUUAAAGCUUUUAUUUCAUUUUCAUGUUAUGAUCACCAUGAAAAGAAAAUGUUGGAUACUGAGAUAGCACUGUUUAGGCACUCAUCGUAAUGUCACGUUACAUUUGGUAAGCGAUUAUUUAUAUUAUGUGUUUUAAAAUAACGUUUUUUUUACGGGCCGUUUUCCAGCAGAUAAAAGUGCAAGAAUAAAAAUACACCUUGCUUAGCACUUAUGUCUAUAAUAAGCCCUUUAAUAGAUAUUUAAACACCAGUUUUAUUUACAAUUAAAAGUAUAUCGAUUUUACAUCACUUGAUACCAGCUAUGUACAGUUACCAUUACCCUUCACUCAGCUAUGUAUUAUUAACACUAGGUUAACUAUGUUUUUACGACGAUAUAACAGAUACAGCUGCGGUAAGCCCAUUUACGAGUAAUCUGCCAUUAAAGCACAUACCUUAUCCUGUUUGCAAAUGUUAUGCUGAUAAUCUGCCAGCAAACCUGAUUAUUAUGUCAUUUUUAUAACUCAUAAGCGUGUUAACAGUUCAAUUUCUGUUAAAAGACUAAAAGUGUUAUUGGAAAUUUGGAUCAAUCGAUUUUUUACGUUCAAGGGCUUGUACGAACACACACACACAUACAUGUAUAACAUCUGCAACGAGUGCAUUAGUAUCCAACUUUUUUUUAACUGGUAAUUCCUUUGUUUUUAAUUUCAUUAACAAUUACAGGGUGUUUCUAUAUUUACGACCGUAUUAUGAAGUCUUAAAGCCAGUUUUUUUCAAUAAAUAGUGGUGUCUUCGUGUACGGCUCAGUCACCUGGACUAACAGAUCAGUCAGUGGACUGAUAGUCACUUGUUUCUUGAUUGACGUCAUCAGAUCAAUCGCAAGCAAACUACCCUUAGUUCAGCCGUGGUUUUAAGACUUAGUAAAACGAUCUCUGUUACACGGAGCUUUAACCGCUACAUUGUUUUUAUUGUAUUUAUAAACACAUCUAUGAUAAUUGUUUAAUUUGUUCACGUACUGUAGAACGGGGUUAAUCAGGACGCUAGAAGUCAAUAGACAAAUUUGAAAUGUCGAAUAUUUAUGUAGAUAGAUAUUCAUUCUAUAUGACUUUUUUCUGUAAAACUUAUACGAAAUCGUGUCCCUUCACUUUAAGUGUCCGAUUUUUCUCCAUUUUACGGUAUUCUCUAAGUUUCCAUGGUGUUGGUCUGUCAGUGUAGAACCUCUACCGAUGUUUGAGAUACGAGAAUGCUUGGCGUGCUUAUUGUCAAACUUUUACCGACAUGUGAUAAAAUAUUAUUGAUUAUUCUAAAUAAACGGGAAAGUGUUUA